CAUGCUGAGUGAGCACUGAGGUAAAAAUGUUCUGAAAUCUGGUGUUUGACCCUUACAGUCAAUAUUUCCUAGAGACUUGACCAUCAAACAGAGUUUCGCAAUCGCGUUGGAUUUGGCAAGCCAAGACGCUACUGCAAGCGCGUGCCCGAUGAACAGGGAUAGAUGCACGAGCCAUAUUUCCGAACAACAACUCACAUGGGUGCCUACUGCAACCUUCGCAUUUGACAUCAGCCGGCUACCCGUCAUCUUAUCUCUGUGUUUUCAAAGGCACACUUUCCAGAUGUACUCUUCGACACGGCACUCGUGAACGUUCCUCGCUCGCUCGCGAAAAGGGGGUAGCAGUCUCAGCCCCAGUCUUUGUUGCGGGUCCGGCCCUUGUUUUCUUUCAUUCUCACCGCUGUUGAACCGGGCGCGGUGAACCAACGCAGAACCUAUCCUAUGGAGAAGAGCGCUGCCUGGGGAAUUUCGUUUGCUUUUGUUUCUGGGCAUACGCGGGAUUCGCUACUCCUUAGUCUCUGUGGCUUGAGUGUUUUGCGACACCACCCAUGAGCUGAGGCGGUAUUAUAUCUACAGCCGCGCGACCUUGACAACCCCCAAAUACAGCUGUCCUUCUUGCAUCAAUAACGCUUUGGGCUGUGUGCGAAUCAAGAGCUUGGUUUCUGGAAUAUUCUUAUCCCUGGUAUCGGGUGCAUUUUAACUUUCCUGGCGUAUCCCACUCCUGGCUCCGCGUAACCAAUCAUCAACGGGUGGGGUCGAAAGUUUUCUAUCUGCCCGGACGUAGGGCGCUGUUGACUCUUUGCGGCUUCGAAAGCUGACUUGCGGCGGAGAAGAGACGGGUUACAGCAUACACUUCACACGCUAUGGACCCUUCGAGAUAUCGCAAGGCGUACGAGGCCAUGAUGCAUGCCAGUCGGCUACUCGAGAACAAGUUCAAGCCAGGUUACCACCCGGAUGGGGCGGAGGCAGAUCAAAGUUCCGGAGCAAAUGGUGCAGCGUUCCCACAAGAUGAUCCCGAUAGCAUGGAGUGGACUCCUACCGGAGCAACCACACCAACUACCGGAUGUGGGCCGCCGCCCACCGCGUCAAAACACAUGCGCCGACUGCUGCCUGAGACUCAAAACGGCGAAAAAGAGCUUGGGGAUUCAGAAGACAAUAGUGUUCUUCUGCACAAACUCCAAGAGGGCAUCAUGAUGGACCAAUGCGUCGACCAGCUUGUGCGCGAGCUGCCCGAGGUGCUCAGCUAUGAAAACUCGGCCACUUUCACGCCAUCGACAAUUGAAGUGCCCAAGGAUUUUAGUCUGCAACUGAGCAUUUCGAUAAACCAUCAUCUUGCCCAAAUUGCAGACCGAAAAGUCCUAGAGAAAUAUCGACGGCUGCUUGGACAUCAUCGGAAGGACCCGGCUAAACGUAAGGCUGUCAAGCUUGGAUUUGAUCCGAUCGAGCUCAUCAAGCGGCAAGCUGUGUCGUUCCCGCCUGAUGCGCCCGUGCGAAAAUCCACUCUCGACAACGAGAUUCAUCCCAUAUUUCGCGCGGAUAAUUUUCAAGGAUGCUCCGAUGACAUUUAUAGGGUACUCGAGCCUGCCCUACGACUCAGCACCCAACUUUUGCUUUCCCGAUCAACAGCGACUUUCUGGCACACUUUGGUCUUUGGUGAGCGGAAGCCUUGCGAAGCGACGUCAGAAGCUUAUAGACAACCAUGUUACCGCAUCCGCAAAGACGUAGCAUGGUCGGAAGACAACGCCACUUCCUUCCGCAAUUUCAUAGAUCGCCAAAUCGACACCGUGCAUUUUGUGUUCCACCGCCACCCACUUCCCGAUCCCGCCUACGCAUCCAUGGGCUUAGUUCGCGAUUUCAAGACCGGUCUGAUCCGAAAAAUGGACCAGAAAUGCCACACAAGCAGAAUAUGCCUGCACUCCGACUUUUAUACCACCGCCAAGAAGCUGAGCUUAUUACAAUACCCUGACCCUGCCAUGGUUCUUCGCUUCAAUCUCUUCUUAGCCGUCUGCCUUGCGCACGAGAUGGCACACUUCAUCGAAGUUUCGGGACCUCACCAUGAACACCCCCUUGGCGAGCCUGAAGUCUUCUUUAACGACAACACAUGGACCGAAUCUGGCAUCGCUUUCGAGCUCAAGAUCUUCGGUGGCCGCCUUCACCCCAUCUCCUCCCGUGUUGACUGCGGACUUGGGCUUGCCGUUCUGAGCUAUCCUCUCCGAGAACUCUACGACAAGGAAGACAAUGUCCUAUACACGCUACCCAUGGACUACGUUACCAAUAUUCAACAAAAAGAAACGUGGGACCAAGACUUCUCCUCUUUACCGAUCGACCUUUUUCAUGUCCCCCGCACAGGGUGUCGCUCCAUUGAAAUCAACGGCACGAACCUCAUGGUGUGGGAGGAUGAGAAAGAUGCUGAUAUCUCAGAUCAUAUCGAUGGCAGAGACACGACAUUCCACCGUAUGGACGACGGACAGAUCGUGAAAAACCCAAACUCGAACAAUCGUAAACCACAACGGCAACCCGAAGUUCGGCGCUGGAGUCCUUACGGGCACAAACGGACGAAGACGGCGGACACUGAUUCCGUAGCUGAACCUGCUGCUACUGGUGGCGACACAGGGAAAGCGGUGCAACCACCCGAAACCCCGGAGACAUCAGAACAAGGACAUGAGACAGGUGUUGAGGGUAAGAAGGUACGCGAAGACGAUGAGAUGACGGAGGAGCAAGUGUCAGAUGGUUAGAUCGUUUCAUUUUUCGCAUUUCGGAGUAUCAAAAGCGUACAAGCGCGGUGUGGAGGUGUUUGCAAGUAAGAGGAGGAUUAAUAAUGUAUCUUGCAUUUUACAGUGGCGUCUGUUGGCAUCUUCUUCUCACUUGGUAGAUCAUCAUCACAUGGUUCUACACCCUCUUUUGCAUAGCAUUGUUGGUCCCAAGGAUCGGUUUGUGGGUUAGGAUCUGUUGUAGCGAUUU